AUGGAGGCUCGCAGGAAGCAACAUCAGCUGCGGCUCACCGAGAUCAACGACUGGGUCGGGAAACUCGAGGAGCGCGACACCGAGCAGCAUGCGUUUGUCCAGCUGAUACAAAUCAUGCCGAAACUCACGUCGGCCCAAGCGUACGAGAUGUACUCGCGGCUGGAGCGGAACAAAGAUCCACCUCGAGCAUCCACACGAGAAGAUAUUGUUCUGCUCAUGGCAGCUCUGUGCAAGGAACAUCCCGUCGCGUCUGCGCGCUUUCUCAAGAGGAUGGUGACGUACUUGAACUACCGUCUACGGGACAAGCGCCACAAAGUCACCGACGCUUGCACGAAAGCAACUGCUGCAAUCUCACUUUACGUGCUUCCGUCGCUUCCACAGAUCAUCAGCAUCGAUGUCCUCGUCCGCCCAUUUCUCAAGGAAACAAACAUCAUGAGCGACGGCGCAGCCAAGUGCAUUGGCGCCAUGCUCCAUCCUCCAACAACAACUUCGCUUCUGGACCACGCCACACGAAUAUACCCCUAUCUCAUUACGUUCGUGCCGCACCUUGUGUCUCGGUUUCAUAGCUCCGUGUAUGCCACAUACUCUCCGAUCUUUUACAUUCUGAUCGAGAUUCUUCGCCUCGCCAAGGACACGCACAAGGAUAUGCAAACUCUGUGCGCCGCGGCAUUCCUCGACAUGUUACUUGCCGUGGAAGGCGUAAUGCAGUUCGGCCAGCGCGAAGAUUGGGUGAAUCGCAAGCGCGCCAUCGACCUUCUCAUCGCAUGCGUCGAAUGCUUCCCCGAUGACCCCCAGAUAUCUCGGCAACUGACGGCACUGCAAGGACUUGCCGAGCGCGGACGCGGGGACUUUGCCUCUCCUGUCCGCGACAGCUCAGCCGCAUUCUUGGUCCUUCUCGAGCCCUAUGAAGAGUCCGCGCAUGUCGCUACCCCAGAUAUGUCUACGUCUGAAGCGUAUGCUGCUGCGCACCCGCGUCCAGCAGUCGUGUCACCUCCGAACGUAUCUGUAAGCCCGAAGCGGAAAAAGGUCGCCGUGGUGCAUGCAUCACUCAAACAGGCGCUUCGGGAUGACAGGGUGUCCGUGCGCAGUCCCAGACCCGUGUAUGCUGCGGUGCAGGAGACGAACCAAGAUGAACUGUUAAGCGUCACCAGCGCCGAUUUCGCUGAAAAUGUCAAAGUCGCCAUGGAAGAAGGCAACAUGGAGCUUGCAUUGCGGAUUGCUCUCCUCUCCGAGGACAAGACGUUGCUGCGCCGAUGGCUGUGUUUCUCGCAGCCAUCUGUGCAGUACUUCCGCAAGACGACGCUUAACGCUCUAUGCGCGACGUUCCUCGAUUUCCUCGAGAAUGCCGACGACGCAGCGCUGAUCUUCCCGUGGAUUUCGUGCUUGCUUCGUGACGAAUCCCAUCUGCAGCACGUGGACCCGCGCAUCUCAAGGCACAUGGAGGCUCUUUUGGCAGAGCUUUCGGUGAUGCCAACGAAGGAUGGCCUCAUUGCGGCGCGCCUGCACCACGAGCUGGCGUCAUGUCUCGAGGGGGAUGGCCGAUGACCCCUGCGGAACCGAGCAGUUUGGACGUGGUGACAAAUGAAUUUAGCCAAUAAAAAUAGGGUAUUGUAGAUUACAUCAA